AUGGCAGCGGCGGCGGCGGCGGCGUCACGUUCCUACCGACGUUUGUUCGGUCGCUGCGUCGGUUACGCCGUGGGAGGCACCGCUGUUGCGACAGUCGUAGUGUUGGCACCGCCGCUGGAAGCUGUCCCCCAACCACUUUUGCCCGCACGCGUGCUGUGCGAGGGCGUUGGCCGUGUCUGCCGCUGUGUCUAUGUUGCUGGGCACAUCUUCAUAGAUUACCAAUGGAACCUGCACGGCGAUGCUUCACAAGAGGCGUGGAACGCAGCCCACCUCCGCAACGCGUCUCGUCUAGUGACGCUCGCCGAAACGAACGGGGGACUGUACGUCAAGGCCGGGCAAAUUUUUGCCAACAUGGGUCACAUCUUGCCGCGGCAAUACUGCACCACCAUGGCUGCGCUGCAGGACGCCGUCAUGUCACGUCCCUUCUCAGAGGUGGUGGCGACGCUUGAGUACGAACUCCGGCACCCCGUCUCGGAGGUCUUCUCGGAGCUUGACCCAACUCCCAUUGCCGCCGCGUCUCUCGCACAGGUGCACCGUGGGCGGCUCAAGAAGGAGCAGGUGGAGGUGGCGGUGAAGGUGCAGUACUUGGACAUCGCCCACCGCUUCCGUGGGGAUAUGCGGACGAUUCAGUUGAUGCUGGGCAUUGCCGGCUUCUUCUUUCGCGGCUACGAUCUUUCUGAGAUUGUGUCUAAGCUAAACAGCACCGUGGCGAACGAACUGGACUUCACGCUAGAAGCCGACAACUGCGAACGAGCGGGGCGGGAUUUAAAGGCUGGGGGGUUCGGCACUCGCGUCGUCACGGUGGACGUCUUGCGCGACUACACAAGGAGGCGCGUGCUCACCACACGGCUAGUGUCAAACGCCGUAAAGAUCUCCGAUCUUCGUGGCAUUGAGACACUUGGCAUAAAGCCGCGAAUCGUCGCCGCCUGGUUUUACGAUGCGCUGGCGUACCAGCUCUUCACCACGGGAUUUGUACACGGCGACCCACAUGCGGGGAAUGUGCUUGUGCACCGCCUGCCCAAUGGGCAACCACAGGUUGUAUUGCUGGACUUUGGUCUAUGUACCGAGUUGUCGGACGAGUUGCGUGCCGAGUUGGCGUACAUCUGGACCGCCGCCGUCACACACGACACUCCUUCCCUACAGAAAGUUGCAAAACGGUUUGGAUGUGACGAUUACGCACUCUUUGCGUCGUGUUUCUUGCAACACCCGUAUGAGUUCUUUAACGCAGAGUCGCGCGUGACAACAAAGACCACGCAGGAGAUGAUGCGAGAUCAGGUGCGGCACAAAAUGCAUGAGGUGAAUGACAUCGUCUCGCGUCUUCCUAAGGAGUACGCGUUGGUGUUACGAAACAUAAUGGCUGCCAAAGCUAUCAAUAGGGAGCUUCAUGAGCCUGUUAAUCGUCCACUGCGUAUGCUACGAUAUUCGGUUUGUGCCGCUCAGGGGACGAGGUCCAGAUGGCAGGUGAGUUGUAUGCUCCUGCGGGCCUGGUGGUCGGAGGUGAUCUCAUCGCUGCUGGUUGCGUACGCCAAAUGGAGUCAUCCCGAGUUGAUGCAAAUGCUGGAUGACUCUCUGGAAUUGCAGCUCAGUGGUUAG